GGGAAAGUAUCAGCUGCGUGAGGCUACUGCAAGAGUAGUGAACAUUUCUGAAUCAUGUGCAAACUGUCUGUCUUUUUCAUUGUUCUUUCCUUUUACACCAUAGUCAACGCAGGUCCAGGAUCACAUUCUCUGUGGGCACUUGCAACAUACAUCAUCGGAGAGACGCCUUUCCCUGAGUUUACAGUUGUGGUGAUGUUGGAUGAUGUUCAAGUGGGUUACUAUGACUCCAACGAUAAACAGUCUGUCUACAGGGGACUUCCAACUUACAAAAUACGUGAUGACGAAGCUCAGGACGGAGCUUAUGUAUUUGGAAUUAUAUACCAGAGCAUUAAAGAGAGAUCCUUUCAGCUAAAGCACCACUUAAAUCUCACAAGAGGUGUUCAAGUCCAGCAAAGAAUAGCUGGCUGUGAGAUGUUGAACAACGGUGAACUGAUGAUCAUGUCAAAGAAUACUUUCAAUGCAGUUUUUGCAGAUCAUGAAAUAUAUUACAACAUAACACAUUUUACAUACAAUUCUGGGAAACUACUACCAGAAUGGGAUGCGAUGAGGAGAGAAUAUCUUAAAACACUUUUUGGGAACGUUUUACUUCCCAUUUGCAUCAAAACAAUGAAGACAUUCCUGAAGAGAGAGAAGAACGUUGUGAUGCGUAAAGUUCCUCCCAGACUCAGGUUGAUAAAGAAAGAGGUUUCUGGAGGGUUCCAGGUGAGCUGCUUGGCGUUUGGUUUCUACCCCCGCCACAUCAACAUGACCCUGCUGAGAGACGGCCAGCCAGUGGCAGAACAGGAGCUGACAGGGGGGGAGGUGCUGCCUAGUGGAGAUGGGAACUACCAGCUGAGGAAGAGUCUGGAGGUCAGUACUGAGGAGCUAAAGAAGAGACACAACUACACCUGUACUGCCUCUCACCUCAGUCUGGACAACAAGCUGGAUGUCAGUUGGGAGUCUGGGGCAGAGAGAGUUCACCUAUCCACCCUCUCAGCUCUACUGGUGAUGCUGCUGAUUCUUAUUCUAUUGGGCAUUUUCAUUUGUGUCAAAAGGAGGAGACGCAGCGCAUCACAGGCAUUGGUCACAACUUGUAAACAUUGAUGCAAAAGUGGUGGAGGAAAUUAACCUUUCUUCAGAUUCUGCAACAUAAAGGGACGUGUCAUAAUUUACUGGGUGGAUGGAGGGGCUCCAAAAAGGGAGGGUUGUCAAACUUCUUAUUUUUUUAUUGGGGAGUUUUUUUUUAUUGAGCACAAGGGAGGAUAUGCUCUAUUGGGUAAGUAAAUGAAACAAGCUCCAGUAAACUCAUUUUGUGUGGACUGCACACUGUAUUACUGUAUUGUAUGGACUGGAAUUACACACCUUUUUCAAACCAUGAACCUAGGAGAGAACAUGCAUUAACAUUCAGCCAACAAGAGCUUCAAUCCAGCUUCCAACAAUGUAUUAGUAUAAGAAAUGGUAAACAUUAAUUAUUCCAGCAAGAUAUUCUAGUCAAGGUUUUCCAGGGAGUCCAAUAGCUAAGGAGCUUUUGAAGUGGAGGGGCCAACGGAGUGCAUGGUGCGUAUUGCGCAAGAAACAGGCUAUAAGUUGGAACCUUAUGCAUAGGCCAUCAUUUAUCAGCUACAUUUAAGAAUAAUAACUACAUAUAAGGAUAAUAACUACAUGUAAGGACAAUAACUACAUGUAAGGACAAUAACUACAUGUAAGGACAAUAACUACAUGUAAGGAUAAUAACUACAUACAAGGAUAAUAACUACAUGUAAGGACAAUAACUACAUGUAAGGACAAUAACUACAUGUAAGGAUAAUAACUACAUGUAAGGAUAAUAACUACAUGUAAGGAUAAUAACUACAUGUAAGGAUAAUAACUACAUGUAAGGAUAAUAACUACAUGUAAGGAUAAUAACUACAUACAAGGAUAAUAACUACAUGUAAGGAUAAUAACUACAUGUAAGGAUAAUAACUACAUGUAAGGAUAAUAACUACAUGUAAGGAUAAUAACUACAUACAAGGAUAAUAACUACAUGUAAGGAUAAUAACUACAUGUAAGGAUAAUAACUACAUGUAAGGAUAAUAACUACAUUGAGGAGAUGCCUAAAGCCAUAUGGAGAUGUGUAAAUUAGAGGUCAUUUAGUCUUUACAUUACUGUAGCAUAUGCCAGUAAAUAGGGACCACAAUAAGUCCCAGACUAUUGUCCAAUCCCAGUCAUAUACAGUAUUUAUGUUUAUAAUUUUGUAUACAUUUGCAAGAAAAUGUUGCUUUGUCAUUAUGGGGUAUUGUGUGUAGAUUGAGGAUUUAUUUUUUAUUUAAUCCAUUUUAGAAUAAGGCUGUAAAGUAACAAAUGUGGAAAAUGUCAAGUGGUCUGAAUACUUUUCAAAUGCACUGUAUAUAUUUUUUAAAUUGUAAAAUAAAAUCAAUUGAUCAAUCAA